CAAGCUGCUAUGCUGACCGGUAUUUAUUUUUAGCACAAGCAUUUAUUUUUAACUUUUUUAAUUGAAAGCACUCCUUUUAUGUGAUCGCAGGCGUCAACUUUUGUUUGUAGUGUAGAUAUACGAUUUAAUUUUCUCACUUUGUGAUCUUAAAAUUCAGUCAAAAUGAACUCUAAAGCAGUUAAUUCUAAGUUUACUUUGAAAACAUCCAGAGAAAAAUUGGCUCAAACAUGAUCAGCUGCAAACUUCAUCUGUAUGGCAUAAAAUUCUGGGUCGAUAUUUAUUAUUUUUUUACUACAAAUGAAAAAAUUGUUUUAUAAUUGUUGUAAUGAUCUGAUAAAUUCACUUUUAUUGUGAUUAUCUCAAGAAAGAACGGACAUACUUCUAGCGUAGCAGUGCUAGUUCAUUAGUAGCAUCUACUUUUAAUAUUAUAAUCUAUCAGGUGUAACAAUUAUAAUGACAUUUAUAUGGAAUGAAAACUUAACAGUAAAGUUGUUAGCGCUUUACGGACGCUAUGAACUCCUAAGAUGUCCAUUUCAUCCGAAAUUUAGAGAUCAUUUCUACAGAUACAAAUCCUACAAGCAGAUAGUGGAAUCCAUGAAAGUUCCUGAUUUAACUGUGUGCGAGUGUGUUAAAAGAAUUGCUUUUUUGCGCCGCCAAUAUUGUCACGAACUUUCAAAAAUCAAUAUCAGUAUAUACAAUGGGGAAUUUUACAAGCCAAAAAUCAGUUGGUUUGAAAUGCUGCACGAGUUAUUCUUUCCCUUGACUCAAUAUUGUGAUUGUUUGGAGGAUCCUGAUCAGACUCUGACCUAUCUUACUGAUGACGAUGAAGAUGAAGAUGAAGAUGAAGAUGAAGAUGAUGACGAUCCAUGGAUACAAAAUUACGAUGUUGAUGAAAAUAAUGAUUCUGCAAUCGAUUGCGGUUGCCUAUCAUUACGAAGCUGUGAUACAAAUGUGGAUCACUUUAUUAAAUAUGAUAUGGACCCUAUCUUACUUUGUAAUCCAUAUAAGAGUCAUCAGCGUCAGAAUGCACACCAGAUGAAGCCACGGAAAUAUUCAAAAGUGUCUAAUGAACGUCUACAUUUGGAACGUGGUCUGCAAACUGAUAUUAAACGAAAGAAAGUAUCAACAAAGACAUCAACAUCUGGGCAUAAGAAAAUGUCUACACAGGCUGAAGCAAAAGUACUUGCUCAUGAUAAAAGUACAGAAUAUACAAAAUGCAAGAACCAUUCAAAAUGGUCUCAAACUAGAGUGAAACACGCGAAUAAUGGGAAUGACGUUUGUGAGUAUUCCGUAACUGAACACGAAGCACAGACUGAUAAUAAGACCGUCGAAAAUUUCGUUAAUGACGUAGACGUUCCUAACAGGAAGCAGGAUGCUAAGUGUUACGUGGGAACUACAAGAGAUGAUGCUCAUUCUUGCGUAAACAAUAGAAAUAAAAUAUAUGAUAAAUAUGAAUUAUUUGGAAAAAGUGUUGCUAAUCAACUUAAAAAUUUAGAUUUUGAGUCUGCAAUGAAUUUGGAAAAGCGGAUAAAGAAGAUGAUGUCAGCAGAGAAAUUGUUUGAAGCCGAGCAAGAUUUUAAGGAUACGUAUUGCAAACAUGUUUGCAAUUGCGAUUGCAGUCAUAGCUGCAUCAAAUGUAUAAAAUACAAAGAGAAGAAAAUGUGUAGUUGCGGUUUACCAACUAAUGAAUGCUUACCACCAAUUUUAGGAGCAGCCAGUAAUUCAUAUACAUUUUGCUGCAAUUAAGAGAAAGUUACAUAAUAUAUGAAAUCGUAUACGUAUUCAAUGCAUUGAACGUAAAACAUUAAAUCAGUCGCUUGAAAAAUAGAUGGCCUGCUUCUACGUAUCUAAAUGGUAUUUUUUAUCGUAAAAGAAUAUAAAAUUAUAUAUCUAUGAAUGUAUCAAGUAUUUGAAAAUAUUAU